AUGGAAAAUUCCACCAAAGACACUUCAUCCUUCGCACCCCCACCACCCGCCUACACAGCACCUUCCUCAUCCCCAUCACAACCCCCAUCCACUCAUCCCGUACAAACACGCUUCGCAUCGCUAUCGCUCCAUAAAGAAGACCGCCUCCGCUUCCUGCGCUUCCCUGAGCCCAUCAUCUCCAAGUGUCGCGCCACCAUUCUCUCAAUCCGGCCGCUAGGUAUUAGUAAAGAGCAGCUCUACGCAAACAGCCACGAGUUCAAACUAAACGGCUACCCAUGGGGCGGCUACGGCAAAGAAGGCGUUGAAGCACGGCGUCUGAUGAACGGUGUACUAGCAACGCUGCAUGCAUCAGGCUGGCUCUUGACACUCAACACCGACAUCUCUAAAUCCGCAAUGGACAAAGAUACCCUCCUGUUCCGGUUUCAGAACCCGAUCCCUGUGCAUCACGAAUGGUGUGUUGUAGCCUUUAGUCGCCAGAACCGCCUUCGCUUCAUCGACGCGCCUGCUUCGUUGUACGAGCCCUUCCCGGCUCGU